AUGUUGUCAAGGUUAGCAACAUCAUUGUCGAGAUUGACAAGAUGGAGAGGUGCAGUUGAUCCACCUUCAUCAACAAAGACACAACCAAAGCAAUACAUUCAGAAUGAACAAGAGAGAUUGGAUACAUUCAAAGCAUUCUUGGCAACAAAUACAUAUUAUCAACAUAUGAAUAGCUUAUCAAACAAGACAAAAGAAGAGAUUGAACAACUUGAUAAAGAGAGACAAGAGCGAAAUGACAAGGACGAGCAAGAUGAUGAAGAGAGUUUGAAUGAAUACAUGAAGGACUUGAUGAAGACAUCUUAUAUUGAUCAAAAGAGGAGGAUUGGAGAGGUCGUUGGAACACAGAUGUUGGAUUUGUUUGAAUAUGUACAUAAGAUUGGCGGACUGAACAGCUACCCGCCACCAAUUCAGAAGUUGCCACUCAAUAGUAUGGAGGCAAAGCUGCGGCGCGCAUUGAUUAUCAAGGAGUCCAAUCUGGAGGGCGUCACAUUCGACCAUCCCGACGGGUUCAAGUUGCGCGUCGGACGGUCGGGCAUCGGCCACGACCAGGCCGGCUAUGGUGUGCACGUCGUGGGCACCGUCGUGCCGGGCACCGUGCUGGCCAUCUACCCAGGCGACACAUACUCGGCCAACACAAUAACGCCUGGCAUAAUCAAGGACAACGACUAUGCCAUCGCACGAUACGAUGGCACUGUUAUUGACGGACGCAGCUGGCUGAAAAAGACCGACAUGUCGGUGUACCGCCCGCAAUACUUUAACGAGACGGGAAGCUCUGGAGAUGGAGGCGUCGGCCUGCUCAAGUAUCGCAAUCCCUUUGCCAUUGGACAGUUUAUCAAUCACCCAGCAGAGGGACAGCGACCCAACGUCAUUGGCAUCAAGUACAACUUCUCGGCGGACUUCCCCGAGCACCUCAAGCCGUACAUUCCCAACAUGGAGAUGUUCGAGAAUCGAUUCCUUCGUGAUGGCAACAUAUUUGUCAAAUCAUUCGUAAUCAUUGCCUAUGAACAAAUCAAUGAUGGUGAACUAUUACUCAACUACCGAUUCAAUCCCGACAACCCUUACCCUGAUUGGUAUCACCAGCCCGACCUCGAAGAGGCCAAGCGUCGUUGGGGCCAAGUCGAAGAUCGUUUCUCACUGAAUACAAUCGCCAGUCGUCUACUCUAA